GAGGCAAAAGUGAGCAGACGAGGACUAACUAAAGGAAAUAUCUAAAAGAGACACAGCAAAAUGCCUCCAAAGAGGAAAAACCAUUCUGCCAUUCGGGUUGAAGAAGUUGGGAUGGAGGUUGAUGCUGUAUCAGACAGUGGAAGUGAAGACGAGGCCAGGAGGAGAGCUCAAAACAGAAGAGCCAAACCACAACGUAAAGCCAAAAAGGUCAGCGACGAUGACGAGGAUGAGGAAGAUGAGGAUGAGGCACCAAGGAAGAAAGGACGAAGGAAGAAGACCAAGCCACAGGACAGCGAUGAAGACGACGAGGAAGAAAAGCAGAGCGUGAAAAGAAAAACUUCAAAAGCUUCCAGGAAGAAAGCUAAGGAGGAGAGCGACGAAGAGAGCGAAGAAGACAAAAAGAAAAGAAGAAAGCAAGGGACAGCCGGGUCCAAAAAGGAUAAAGAGGAGCAGAACAAGGAGAAGGGGGAGGUUAAAGGGAAACAAGGGAAGGACAAAGGUGGGGAGAAGGACAAGAAAAAGAAGAAUGGGAAGAUAAGCAGCUCUUCUUCCUCCUCCUCCUCCUCCUCUGGUUCUGAUGAAGAGUCGCUGUCGGAGGGAGAGAUGGAAGCCCUGAAGGAACAGGUGGAGGAGAAGAAGAAAUUGAUUGCUACGUUAAGAAACAAACCCUGGCGCAUGAAGAGGAGACUCAUACUGCUCAAGGAAGCUCAGGAGUUUGUUGAAAAAUUUGAAGGAGCUCUCGGGAAAGGAAAAGGCAGGAAGCUGUAUGCGUACAAAGUCAUGAUGGCCAAGAUUCUUAUGGGUCUUCCCUAUGGCUCAAUUCCCAGGAAAACUGUGCCCCGUGAAGAGCAGGAAACAGCCAUGGACUUCUCCGUGCUCAAUGACUUUGGAGUAAGGAUUUUAGCUUGGUUGAAUUUAUUCACAGGAUACAUCAAGUAUUCCUUUUUGUUCUACGGGUACUUCAACAACAAUCGAAGGAUCGGGCUGCUGCAGUUCAGGCUCCCACUGUCAUACCUGCUGGUGGGCGUUGGCAUCUUUGGAUACAGCCUGAUGGUUGUCAUAAGAACGAUGGCUCGUAACGCCAAUGAAGGAGGGGACGGUGCGGAGGAGGGAGAGUUCACUUUCAGCUGGAAGAUGUUCACCAGCUGGGAUUACUUGAUAGGAAACCCAGAGACUGCAGACAAUAAGUACGCCUCCAUUACAACCAGCUUCAAGGAAUCCAUUGUGGAUGAGCAGGAGAACCAGAAAGAUGAGAACAUCCAUCUCAGACGGUUCCUCAGGGUCCUGGCAAACUUUCUGAUCACGUGCAGUUUGGGAGGAAGCGGAUACCUCAUCUACUUUGUGGUGAAGCGUUCUCAGGACUUUGCUAAAAUGGAGAAGGAAAAUCUUUCGUGGUUGGAAAAGAACGAGGUGGAGUUUGUGAUGUCUCUGCUGGGGCUGGUGUGUCCUCCUCUGUUUGAAACCAUCGCAGAAUUGGAAGAUUAUCACCCUCGUAUUGCCCUCAAGUGGCAGCUGGGACGAAUCUUUGCCCUCUUUCUGGGAAACCUUUACACCUUCCUCUUCGCCCUGUUUGAUGAGGUUAAUGAAAAGUUGGAGACAGAGAAGUCCAUCAAGAAUGCCACUGAUUGGGCUUUUGAGCAAUACUACACCAACUACAGCUCCCAUUACAACACCACAGAUGUGCCUCCUCCAAAUGUGCACCCAGCGGACGUCAUCAGAGGACCCUGCUGGGAGGAUGCAGUGGGAAUAGGAUUUGUGAAGCUGAUCGUGUCGGACAUGCAGGUGACAUAUUUAACCAUCUUGAUUGGUGACUUUGCGCGAGCUGUCAUUGUCCGCUUUCUUAACUACUGCUGGUGCUGGGACCUGGAGGCUUCCAUGCCUUCAUAUGGAGAGUUUGACAUCAGUGGAAAUGUGCUGGGGCUGAUCUUCAAUCAAGGAAUGAUAUGGAUGGGAGCAUUUUACGCUCCAGGCCUGGUGGGUCUGAACGUGUUGCGUCUCCUGUCCUCGAUGUACUACCAGUGCUGGGCAGUGAUGUGCUGUAACGUUCCUCAUGAGCGAGUUUUCAAGGCCUCGCGGUCUAACAACUUCUACAUGGGCCUGCUGCUGCUUGUGCUUUUCCUCAGUCUGCUGCCUGUUGUCUACACCAUCAUGACCGUGUCUCCGUCAUUUGAUUGCGGGCCUUUCAGUGGCCAGGGGAAAAUGUACGACGUGAUCAUGGAGACUAUAGAACAGGAUCUGCCACCUUUCUUGGCUAACAUUUUUACAUAUGCCACCAACCCUGGACUCAUCCUGCCUGCUGUCCUCCUCAUGGCGUUGGCGAUCUACUACCUGAAUGCAGUGUCAAAGGGAUACCAAAAUGCAAACCUUGACCUUAAAAAGAAGAUGAAAAUUGCCCGAGACGAGGAGAAGAACCGCAGGAACAACAAGGACAGCACUAAUGAAGUGAUGAAAGACCUGGAGGACCUGCUGCCUAACAAGUCUCUAAUACCGCCUCCCGUUGAGGAAGAGCCCCAUCCUGAUGUCAUAGUUGAUAAAGGCGCCAAGUCUCCCAAAAUAAAGCCGGGUGCAGCAGCAAGAGGAGUUAACCUGCAGAAGGACGUGUCCCUGGCUGCCCCUAACGCCAGGGCUCCAGUCACCCGCGCCCCGGAGCCAAGAAGAGGGCCUCCUGGAAAUGCUAGGAGCCCCCAACCUGGACCUGGGAGAGGAAGAGGUCGGGGGGGACAUCCCAGUCGAUAAGAGUCAUGUUCAAGGACUAAAAUCCAGACGUCACCUAAAAUUCC